GCCCCCGCCGUCUUCCCCUACUUCUCCCCCAUCAGAUCUUCCCCAUAUCUCUGUGCUGCAUCACUCGCCGCAAUCCACUCCCAAUCCAAAACCCGAAAGCUCUCCGCUCCGCCUCCCUGUUCGCUCGUCCGCCUUUUGACUCUAUCUCCUAGCUAGCUGCUGUUGCGGAGCAACCCACAAUUCCAAGAAAAGCAAACUGGUCAAGAAAGAGUGGAAGAAAGGAGGAUGGUGAUGAUGAUGGCGAUAAGUCACCCCAUGAUUCGCCCCAUCAUUCCGUCGCCUCCGAGGCCUGCGCGCUGCUAAAAGGGCCUCGCCGUCUGUCGUCGUCGUCGUCGUCGUCGUCGUGUGCGUGGGCGGGGACUCAGUCGCUGCGCCGCCACAAUGCCGCAGUACCAGGAGCUGCCCUGCGGCGGGCAGGUGCUCGACAUCGACACGGCGCUCAAGGAUGGCAUCCUCGGGGGCGCGCUGGAGCCCGUGGAUGCGGCGGCGGGCGACGCCGGGAAGCAGCCUCUGGAGCUGCGCAAGAUGAUGGACGAGCUGGACGCGGCCGGGGACGGCGGCGGCGACGAGGCGGUGCCGGCGGUCUUCAUCUGCCCGAUCUCGCUCGAGCCCAUGGUGGAUCCGGUGACGCUCUGCACGGGGCAGACCUACGAGCGGGCCAACAUCUCGCGGUGGCUCGCCCUGGGCCACCGGACCUGCCCAACCACGAUGCAGGAACUCUGGGACGACGCGCUCACCCCCAACGCCACUCUCCGACAGCUCAUCGCCGCCUGGUUCUCCCGCCGGUACACGCGGUUCAAGAAGCGCUCCGCGGACUUCCACGGCCGCGCCGCUGACCUCGUCCACAGCCUCCGGGGCACGGCGGUGCCCAGGCGGCAGCCCCUCAAGGGCCAGGCCCGCGUCGCGGCGCUGCGGGAGCUGCGCACCCUCGCCACCACCCACCAAUCCGUCACCAAGGCCAUCGCCGAGGCCGGCGGCGUGGCCCUGUUGACAUCGUUGCUCGGCCCCUUCACGUCCCACGCCGUGGGGACCGAGGCGGUCGCCAUUCUUGUCAGCGGGGUGCCGCUUGACGUUGACGCCAAGGCCGCGCUCAUGCAGCCGGCGAAGGUGUCGCUCGUGGUCGACAUGCUCAACGAGGGCGCGGCGGAAACCAAGAUCAACUGUGUCCGCCUCAUCCGCAUCCUCAUGGAUGAGAGGGGUUUCCGGCCGGAGACGGUGGCGAGCCUGAGCCUCUUGGUUGGUGUCAUGCGCCUCAUCCGGGACAAGCGGCAUCCUGAUGGUGUGGUGGCUGGGCUCGAGCUGCUGAAUUCGAUCUGUGCGGUGCACAGGCCAGCGAGAAGCAUGAUUGUUAGCAUUGGUGCGGUGCCGCAGCUGGUGGAAUUGUUGCCGGAGCUAGCAACGGAGUGUGUCGAGCCAGCCUUGGACAUCUUAGAUGCCCUGUCUGCGGUUCCAGAGGGGAGGGUGGCGCUUAAGGAUUGUCCACGGACGAUACCCAAUGCUGUCCGCUUGCUGAUGAGAGUUUCGGAGGCAUGCACGCGACGGGCGCUGUCGAUGCUGUGGACGGUGUGUCGGAUGGCUCCUGAAGAGUGUGCUCCUGCUGCCGUGGAGGCGGGGUUGGCCGCGAAGCUGCUUCUUGUCAUCCAAAGUGGUUGUGCACCGGAGCUGAAGCAGAAAGCAUCUGAGCUGCUCAAGCUGUGCCGCCUCAACUACACUGACACCCUCUUCAUCUCCAAGUGCAAACUCACAAGGACAAUUCAGUGAGGAGAUGCAAAUGAUGCUGCUCUGAUGUCAUUUGAUUCGAUGAUGCGUGGUUUGUCGAUUGACCUUGCUGAGUUCAGAGUUCCAAGGAAAUGGAAUUGCCAAAUUGACGAAUGGUAAUGAGCAUGUAUAGAUAAACUUGCAGAUUUCGCUCUUUCAUCUCAUCUGAAGAGAUUAGGAUGGUUGAGCAGAUGGUGAGGCUGGUGAUUACCAUAACAAUUUGUGGGAAGACAAGAAGCAAUGCAGCAUAGUUACUGGCAAGUUAGAUGGCAAGCAGGCGGGUGUACAUGCAAAUUGAUGUGAAUUUGAUCAGCUCAAUAAACACCUGAGGCUGGGUGGUAAGUACAGCCAGUUUUGCCAUUAGGAGUAGCUAGCAUUAAGCAAAACCAGCAAAUCUAGAUUUUUGGCAAUGUGGGUAUGUCAGGGCUGUAGAUGUUGUUCCCGUCCUUGUAAUUACACAGUACUGUUGCUUCUACACUGGAAUAUACAUUGCCAUUGCUUGGGGAAUUUUUUUUGAA